AUGUGCAAAUCAAUCGCAGAGCAAGCGACUAUCGAAGUGCAAAAAAAUGAAACCUACCACAGAUCAAGAUUAAUUCGCUCAACACGAAAAUUUCUCUUCUAUCGCGCCGCAUUGUCAACUUACUUCUUGAUCUGGUUCAUCACUCAGAACACAGCCGUGGAAUUGCCCAAGCAUUAUAUUUACUUGACCACGUGGGGCGAGACCCUGCUCAAUAUCUACUUUACAUCCGCUUUCGGCUUGAGCAUUUAUUUCUAUAUCUUCCGAGAGGAAGUAGAGAGGCCCCAAAAAGGAAUGGUAAAGAUAACAAUGUGGAUUUGCGAGCUAUUUCGGAUUUUCAGCUGGGAUGUUGGGAUAAUGCUCUCUCUUGCUUACUGGAUUCUUCUUCGGACAGAUCUGAACGCAUAUUCCUGGCAUUGUCAUCUCAUCAACUCUGUUUCAAUCAUUGUUGACCUAGUCGUGACCGACACACAAGUGAAGCUUUAUCAAUUUAUUUGGACGAUCGGGAUCGGCUGCUGCUUUUUGAUCCACUCGUUGAUGCUGUAUUUCGUCUCUGAUCGCGUUGAUUAUCAGAUAAUUUACGAAGAGACGUUGGAUUGGGGGAACUAUCCACAGCGAUCGCUGCUGCUGGCAAUCGUUGUUCUUCUUUUUGCUAUUCCUCUAGUCCAUUUGAUGGUCUACUACAUUCAACGAAAGCGCGACAAGAUGCUCGACCGAAGCGGUUUCAAACAUCUGAUCCCUCCACAAAUCACGAUUUCCAACCACACUCACGAUGCCGAUGGAGUUUCUUUUUCUGAAAUAUCCUUUUCCAUGCCUCAAUAG